AUGUAUCAUCCCUCCUCCACAGAGCAUCGUAAUGACGUCCCCUACAUCGAACAAAAUGCUGCUGAUGAACAGUCAGCGGUUGCAACAUCUCGUCUGUUCAAUUGGCAUAGAAGCUACGAUGAUGGCAUAUGGCUUGAUGAUGGAACGGGCGACAUUCAAACGAUUCGUCGACUCCAGCAACAUCAAUGGAUUAUCGAUCCAUUUGCUGGAAGUGAGCUUGAUGAUCUAGUUGAAGAACCUAAGGAUCGCGAGCUCAGCUUCGAGAGUAUCUUGCGGUGGAUGGAUGAAGCUGAGAACCAUCGACACUAG